AUGGGGUUCUCAAUUGGAGAUAUUGUGGCCGUGUAUGGCCGCAAAGCCCAUAUCCGGUAUAUUGGACAGCUGCCGCCCAAUCCCUUCAAUAAGAAGCACAAUGCCAGUCAAACAGGUUUCGGUGUUGAGUUCUCGAGUCGAAAACUUGGAGAAAACGAUGGCUCUGUGGACGGCAAGCGAUAUUUUAACUGUAAACCAGGCAUGGGCUUGUUCGUAAAAGAGAACCGCGCUCAAGCCUACGAUGUAAAGGAGUGCUCAGCAACUCAACUCCAAGCGGCGUGGCGCAGCUACCGAGCUCGUCAGGCCUUCCAGGAUGCAGCUGCCUUCAACUUUUGGAACGAGCUAGAUGCCUUUGAAGAAAAAGAUGCUCUCGUAAACAACAGAGACGUCGGUACGCCGACUCUGAACACCAUCAAAAAACAAAUCCACGAACAGAACAUGGUCGAUGCCUUCGAGGAAACGGGCCCUGAGCGAGUGUCUUCGUCUCACCUUGCAGUUCCCGGAGCGGACGGGAGCAGAGGCUUUGCCCCACCUCGAGGACGACGGCGGUCUUCCACGCGGCGAAGCGUCGGCCGGAACAGCGUAGAUGCCUCGUCGAUUUCUGCGGAAAAUAUCCCCGAUGACUACACGGGUCCGCGCGUUAAAUGGCCAAUCACCCGGGAGUUCUGUCUCGACCUCAUCGAUCACUACAGAGACAAUCCAGAUGUCCCGCUGCCUCGAAAGUACGCCCUCGAGUUGAUCAUGGCCGUUGCCGACCACUACCGGGAAACGAUGAAGGGCGCUGUCGUCGAAGUGGAAAUUCCCAAAAAGAGCGGCUCUCGACUUGUGCUUGUCGGCGACACGCAUGGCCAGCUCAACGACGUGCUCUGGAUUUUCUACAAGUUCGGCCCACCUUCUCCAACCAACGUGUAUUUGUUCAACGGCGACAUUGCAGAUCGUGGGCGGUACGCGGUGGAGAUCUUCAUGAUGCUCUUUGCGUUCAAGCUCCAGUGUCCGUCGAGCGUCGUCAUCAAUCGGGGCAACCACGAGAGCGCGGACAUGAACGAGGUGUACGGCUUUGCUCAGGAAGUUCGUCAAAAGUACGGCGGUUUCAUGUACCAGAAGUUUCAAGAGGUUUUCCACCUUCUGCCGCUCUGCGUCGUCAUGGAAAAGCGCGUCUUUGUCGUCCACGGAGGCCUCUGCAGAAAAGACAACAUCACCCUCCAUCACAUCGACCGCCUCCAUCGCCAGCGCCCGUGCCCCGCGAGUCCACACUCAUUCGAAGACACCCUCAUGUUCGAUCUCCUCUGGUCCGACCCGCAACACGAGAGCGGCCGAGGGUGGAGCACUCGCGGCGCAGACUGCAUCGCCUUCGGCCCAGACAUCACCGACGCUUUCCUCACCAAAAACAACCUCGAAGUGUGCAUUCGAUCUCAUCAGGUUCCGACAAACUUGCGAGGCUUCGAGCCGGUCCACGAUGGCCGAUGUGUCACUCUCUUCUCCGCCUCAAACUACUGUGGCACUACUGGCAACUACGGUGGUGUGAUCAUUUUCGAGGCCAACCUUUCGUUUGAAAUCCAAGAGUACAUGGCACCGUCUCUCGCAGAGAUUCAGAUGCUCCACAGCGAGACGUGCGCGGCGACCCAGAAGGUUUUCCUGCAAACGCGAAUCAAAGACCUCGAAAUGCAGGCGAAGCGCCAGCAUCGGCGGACGGCGGCUGCUCGCAUGAACGAGCAAAUCCUCGAGAAAAUCUGCAAACUGAUUUGCGAGAAAAAAACGGAUCUCUGGUGGUGUUUCUUCAACAUGGGGGCCGAGAGCGGACGUGUGAAACCGGCGCAGUGGAGAGAGGCAUGCUCGAAUGUCCUCGGGCAGAACUUCCCCUGGGUGUACCUCAUGAAGCGUUUGCACGUCGUGGAGGAAGACGGCUACGUCUACUACAACGAGUUCCUCAACCGGUACCGAGUCGAGUUCCGACCGCCCAAGUGCAAACAUCUGAACUGGAGGCGAGAGUGCAUCGCCCGAGUCUUCGAGUCCAUCAUGAGCGCGGAUUUGAGUCUGAAGGAAACGUUGAUGCUCUUCGACCGCAACUGCGACGGGACGGUCUCUUUCCGAGAAUUCAAUGAAUUGAUUACAGAGCUUGAUGUUGGUCUGAGUGAACCGCAAGUUCGGAUUUUGAUGAGGCUGAUCACAGCCAGUCCUGCCUUCAAUGCGGCCGCCGGAAGCAUCGACGUCGCUGAGUUUCUCGGCCGUUUCCGAGUUGUCUACUCUCACGUGAUCAACGACGACAAGCGAAACGUGCCGUGGCUCCAGCGAGCUCUCCACUGCAUCGGCAAAGCGAUCUUGGCGGACAAAGCCGAGGCAGCAAAUCGCCACUACGAGCAGCAGAGACAAGACGGCAACUUGGGUCCAGAGACGAACGCCCGAAGGCGCUCCUCUGCGGUGCGCGCCGUCGCUCUCUUCCAAAAAUUCAAAGACUACAACGAGGGAGGCGAUGGCUAUCUGUCGUACGCGGAUUUUGUGACGGGGAUCAAGCGCCUGACGAUCGAUGAAGAAGAGCUGGGCUUUGCGCUCACAGACGAGCACCUGUACAAAGUGGCUGAGGCGGUCGACACGACGGGCUCGAAGCGAAUCAACUACUUGGAGUUCCUUCAGGCCUUCCAUGUGGUGGACAGCAACUCCAACAACAGCGCUGCGGAAGAGCUGUGGGGCCAGAUCUGCACGGCUAUUUUCCAGCACAAGAGUAGCAUCCGCCGGGCGCUCCACCAAUUUGAUCCAGAUAUGACGGGGAAAGUCGAUUCCGAGGACUUCCGUUCCGCUCUCGUCGCCGUCAACACGGUUCUUUCGCGGACCGAGGCGCCGUUGACGGAGGAGCAGAUUGACCAGCUGGUCAACACCAUGGAUCUCGACAACGACGGGAUGGUGGAGUACGAGGAGUUCUUGGAUUCGUUCACUCCGGUCGACACUUUCUUCUUGCAGCCUGAAAAUGAGGACGAGCCGAGCAAGGCGAACGGGCCUCAGAACGGGAAGGUGGAGACGCGCGAGGGCGAGGACCCCAGUCAGGCGGACGUUGAUAUCGACUCGAACUCCCAGCGGUUCACGAUAUCGAGCGACUUCUCGUCCUCUGCGUGA